AUGGCCAACCUCAAUCAGGAGGCGAACCCACACGGGCGCCCGGAAUGUGUCACGUGCUGCGCGGCAUUCAGCUUCUCCGAGGCCGGUUUCGCGGACCGAAUCAGCGGCCUCCCCGACGCGGUCCUCCGCAACAUCGUCUCGCGUCUCGAGCUCAAGGAUGCCGCACGCACCACCGUCCUCUCCCGCCGCUGGCGCCCGAUCUGGCGCCCCCCCUCCCCGCUCGUCCUCGUCGACUUGCUCGCCCUCACCGACUCGGUCUCCCGCAUCUUCGCCGGUCACCCCGGGGGGCUGUUGUAUCCACACGGGCGCCGGGGAUUGAAUCCACACGGCCUGGAAGGGAUGACGUGCCGCGCGCGCUUCAGCUUCCUCUACAUCCCCUGCCCGCCGCUCGUGUCUCUCGACGCCCAUCUCUCCGCCCUCGUCUCAGAGGCCGGCGGCGCGGACCGAAUCAGCGGCCUCCCCGACGCGGUCCUCCGCAACAUCGUCUCGCGCCUCGAACUCAAGGAGGCCGCACGCACCGCCGUCCUCUCCCGCCGUUGGCGCCCGAUCUGGCGCUCCGCCCCGCUCGUCCUCGUCGACCUAUGUCUCUUUCCAGCUGAAUUGGACUCCGGGGGAUCCCAUCACCGUCGCUUGCUCGCCCUCUACGACUCGGUCUCCCGCAUCCUUGCCGAUCACCCCGGGCCGUUCAGCUGCGUCUACCUCGGGACCUUGUACCGAGACCAGCUCGACCGCUGGCUCCUGCUUCUCGGCAUCAAGGGCGUGGAGCAGCUCGUGCUAAUCAACAACUACUGGCGCAAGCCCCUCCCCUCCCACAUCUUCGGCUUGGGUAACCUCACCCGCCUCCACCUUGCCCUCUGGAGGUUCCCUGACACUGCCGGCCUGCCGCCUGGCGUCGCCUUUCUAUCCCUCCGCGAGCUCGAACUCUCGGAGGUCUUCAUCAACAACAAGGACCUCGAUUUCCUCCUCUCCAGGAGCCGAAAGCUCGAAAUCCUUAACUGCACCGGCAACCUGGCUCCGCUUCGCCUCCAGCUGGUCAGCCACAGCCUCCGGUGCCUGCAGAUUCAGGGGUCCAAUGUGGAGGACAUUGCAGUGGUGGACGCCCCACGCCUCGAGCGGCUCAUCCUACCUGGAAAUUGGGCACACACACACUCCAGAGUAAUGAUUGAGCAUGCCCCAGAGCUAUGCAUAUUUGGAACCUUCGAGCCUGGAAAGCACGGGCUGCAGAUCAGUAACACUCUCAUCAAGGCUGAGAUGUUGGUGAGCCCAAGUGCCGUGGUCCCAACUGUCAAGAUCCUGGCAAUUCAGGUGCGGCUUGCAGUCCACAAUGAUGUCAAGAGGCUACCUAGCUACCUCAGAUGCUUUCCCAGUGUUGAGAGUCUGCACAUCCAGUCCUUGAAAAGCAUUAAACCCGCCAGGAAGCGCACCCUCAAAAUAUGGCAAAAGGUCAGUGCUAUUGAAUGCGUCAAGUCACAGAUCAGGUUGAUGGUAUUCCAUGAUUUCAGAGGGUAUGCAUGUGAGAUCUCCUUCCUCAAGUCUUUUGCCCAGAGGACUCAAAAGCUGGAAACGAUGGUGAUUGUGGUUGCAUAUGGAUGCUUUAGUUCACCUUCUGAGGCUCGAUUGAAACUGGAGCCCCUGUUUUUCGCAAAAAGGGAAACCAGUUAUUUGCUAAAGCUCUAUUUUCCAACCCAUAAAGGUGCUGGACCUUGGGACUUGGCAAGUGGGUCUGACUUUUUGAAUAGUGAUCCUUUCCUGUUCUCUGUUGGGCAAGUUCCAAAAACCUACGCUGCAGAAGUAGGCAAGGAAGGAGGACGAAGUCGUUGGAUGCCAAAGAUGGAAACAAAGCUGUCUGCCAUGUAUGGCCCAAGAUGGCUGGAGGGAGUACAGGAGAAGCCCAACUUGCUGAAGGGGAAAGACUACUAUAGAGAGAGAAGGGAGAGACAGGGAGAGGUAGGGGAGACAGAAGACGUUGGCCGGGUUGUCUCGAGGCGGCGGCAGAGGCCCAUUGUACCUGAUCUCGCAUAAUUCUGGUUCUAAACACGUCCAGUACACUAAAUCAAGAGUCAUGGAGUGAUAAUCGAGACAUUACAGUUCAUGAUAGUGACUAGUAACCAGUGUUUACACUUUGACAAGUUAUGUUUUCUGGACGACAGGCAUAAGGUUGCUCGUAAAUUCUGUUAUUUCUUUAGUGCCCAGUUUCUGUUGUUAUAUUAUUCAAUAUUCACAUUAGGCCCUGUUUGGUUGAUUGGCAUUUCUUUAAGAGUAACCCGUCGAUGUUCUCCCGAUGGGGUCUCUUGAAUGAGUUUCA